CUACCGUGUACGGAUAUGAGAUCCAUUUCUAUGGAACACAUUUGUAAGUUAGCCUCGUCUUCGCGAUGCUUUUGGAACUUAUUUCAAAAUGUGCACGAGAAGUUGAGAUGGGAAGGUCUGGUUGUGAAAGGGAAUAAAAACAUAAUGUCAGGAUCUCAAAAACAACAGAGAGUCACUUUGGAAGAGGUUCAAGCUGCAAUAAAUGCUCUUUACAAAGGAGCAGAUGUCACAAAGAAAGAUGAAGCUUCAAGAUGGCUUGAGCAUUUCCAACAUUCAGUGCAUGCUUGGGAACUUUCAAGUCAGCUCCUGCACUUAAACCCUGACACAGAGACAAGUUAUUUUGCAGCACAGACUAUGAGAUCUAAGAUCCAGUAUCAUUUUGCAGAACUGCCUAUUGAUACUCAUAAUGUCUUGAAGAAUUCUUUGAUGCAGCAACUGAAAACAUUUCAAAAAGACUCUAAAUCAACCAUCACUCAGCUCUGUCUUGCUUUAGCUGAUCUGGCAACACAGUCUCCUCAGUGGAAUAGCCCAGUCAAUGAAUUGAUUCAAGGGUUUUCAACUUCUGUCGAGGAACUUCCUAUUUUGCUGGAAAUUUUGGCAUAUCUACCAGAAGAGGUUGAGAGCCCUCACUUGAAAGUGGGUAGAAACAGACGUGAGGAAUUCUCAACCUUGCUCAGAAAAUCAUCUGAAACAGUUCUUCAUCUACUAGUUUCGAGAAAUGUCGUCAUCAUUUUGGAAGUCACAAUGUUAAGCAAACUUUAUAUUUUUCAACAGCUCUGUCUUGCUUUAGCUGAUCUGGCAACACAGUCUCCUCAGUGGAAUAGCCCAGUCAAUGAAUUGAUUCAAGGGUUUUCAACUUCUGUCGAGGAACUUCCUAUUUUGCUGGAAAUUUUGGCAUAUCUACCAGAAGAGGUUGAGAGCCCUCACUUGAAAGUGGGUAGAAACAGACGUGAGGAAUUCUCAACCUUGCUCAGAAAAUCAUCUGAAACAGUUCUUCAUCUACUACUUCAUUGUCAAAAAAAUUGUCCAGCUGAUGAAAAAGUUCAAUGCAAGAUAUAUUAUUGCUUUGGAAGUUGGUUGGAGCUGGGGUCAUUUCCUCCUAGUAUAAUUGCAAACAGUGAUUUGCUGCGGUCAGUGUUUGAAACAUUGCUUGCUCCCAACACGAGUACGACUCUUCACGACACAGUAACAGACUGCAUAUGCAGUGCUUUGUACAUAUCAGAGGACACAAAUCGACAUCGCGAACUGGCAGAGCUGUGUUUUAACUUCGUCAUGUCAUUGGCCCCUGCGUACGAGAAAUCUGUGAAAGAUGGCGAUUUAGACAGGGCUAUCAAUUACACUCGACUGUUUACAGAAAUGGCUUGCUCCUUGCUUGAUGAUGUUUUAAGUUCGGUAGGAUCGGGCACCGAAAGCUCAAAAACAAUACACAUGUUGCUGUUAUUUCUAGAUCACCCUGAAUAUGAGGUUGCAGAGAUAACUUUUCGAUUUUGGUACCGCUUUGCAGAAACUUUGUAUAAAGAUUUUCCAGACAGCAUUUUAGACAAAUUUAGGCCGCAUGUUCAAACGCUAAUUAUGAAAGUAUUCAUACGAUGUCAAUUAGAUUCAGACCACGAAGGCCCUGUCGAUCUAUCUGAUGAUUUUCAAGACUUCAGGUAUCGGGCUAUUGAUGUUGUUCAAGAUACAGUCUUCAUAUUUGGCUACACCACCUGCUUCCUGGAGAUUCUCAAGCAAAUUUGCGCGCAAGGGACUUCGUGGAAUCGAAUCGAGGCUGGCAUGUUUGUGAUGCGAUCGAUAGCAAACAAAGUCAGCCAAAGAAGCGAAGAAAGCGUUGGUGAUGCAGUUAAAUUGAUUAUACAAUUGCCACAAAAUUCACACAUAGCCCUUAAGAUGACGAGUUUGGAAUUACUAGCAGAACUGACUCCUUGGGUAGACGAACAUCCCGCGGUUGUAGAUUCUGUAUUCCAGUUCAUUUUGAAUGGCCUACAAAGCAAAGAAUUAGUUUCAGCAUCAGCCACUGCAUUUGAGCAUCUUUUGGUUGACUGCAGCAGAAAGUUGACUUCUAACUUCCAAAUCAUUGUCCAGGUCGUCAAUGCCAUCGACUCCCUUGGGCUUCCAGUCGCCAAAGCCGACAGUAUUUUGCGAGGCGCGGCUUACGCUUUAUCAUCGCUGCCAUAUGGUGAAAUAGAAGACGCCCUCACACAUUUGUGUAUCCCCCAUGUAUCAAAAUUGGACCAGAUCAUAAAAGAAGCCCAAGGUGUCAAAAGACCCCGAGAUGCAAGUGACCCAGUCGUUCCUAUUGAUCGAUUAUCUACAAUUUUCAAGAACACUGCACCUGAUGCUCCUGAAGGAAAGGAACAUCCUUGUCAGUCUGUUAUCGAGAAGCUCUGGCCAGUUCUAUCGCACGUGGCAGAUAAAUUCAAACACGACGAAAGGAUCAUGGAAAGGAUUUGUAGGUGCCUCCGAUACGCCAUAAGAUGUGUUGGAAAGGGCUUCAGAAACCUGCUACAGCCAUUUGUUGAACAAAUGAUAACAAUCUACUACCAACACCAACAUUCGUGCUUCCUUUACCUUGGAAGUGUUUUAGUCGAUGAAUACGGCCAAGAACCUAACUGUGCACAAGGACUCAUUGAAAUGCUCAAGGCCUUUUCUGGACCAACGUUCACGUUGCUGUCAGCUGAAAAUGGUCUCAUGAAUCACCCGGAUACGGUUGAUGACUUUUUUAGGCUCUCAAUAAGACUUCUUCAAAAAUGUCCAAUACCCUUCCUCGAGAAUGAGUCAAUGGAGGCUGUGCUACAACUAGCCACAGCAGCAUCAACACUGAACCACAGGGAAGCACAUGCAUCGACGCUGCGAUUCCUUGUUGAUUUAGUACGCUGCACAGGCAAUGAUCCGUCACGAUCAGAACAGCAUAGACGCAACACAUUGGUAACUGGUCUUAUCAAUCAACAUGGCGCUAAUAUUGUGAGGGGACUGAUAAAGGCCACAGCAGGAGAGGUCCAAACUUACAUGGUCCCAGACGUAGCAGAUGUCAUUUGGGAAUUGCUGAGUCAAUACCGUGAGCCUACUUGUCAAUGGCUGAAAGAUGCUUUAAACAGCUUGCCUUCCCAUAGUCCAACUGGGGCUAUUUAUGCAACGCCCGAGCAGAUUGCAAAUUUUUACCAGUCAGUUACUAGUGCUACUGCAAUAAAUGAAGUAUGGAGAACAUUCAGGGAAUUCUGUAGGCUGUAUCAGUAAUUGCCGUUUCCAAGCUUUCUUUCUCUGCUUCGGAUAUGCAACCAGACAAGUCGGUUAUGAACAGUUUUGAAAAAAUGUUAUCGUUGGGAUGACAGCGUAGUCUAUUAUUGCUAUAUUGUCCAGGAAGCAUUAGUUAUCAUAUAUGAAUUUAUUUAUGGCUUUGAUCAAAAGACUGCCUGGAGUAUGGCUUAUAAGACAAUGUUGACACGGAAUCACCAUCGCAGAGAAAAGUCUCCAUCGCAACGGACCUUCACAAAUCCACCACGCGGGUUAGCAGUUUCAAAGGUCAUUUGUGAAGAUGAAAUUCGUUGAGAUUUUAUCGACACAAAUUUUAUCGACACAGAUACUGAUGAGUAAAAGAGGCAUUGUACGUUUCGAGGCAUUGUACGUGCGUAAAGAAACUAAUGCUCAUCCCAGUUUGACGUCAUAUUGCAGAAUUCUUUAAAUUCAUAUGAAAAAGUAUUUUAACUAAACGACCGAGCAAACGUCAUUUUUAUUCACUACGGGACAAGAUUGUCCUCCCACACUGCCACUCAUUCCAAAGAUUGUAAGCCACUGUAUUUUUUGAUAGUCGAAUGACUCCACAGCUUUCCAUAUUUAAACCGAUAUAGCAAAAGAUUAUUCUGUUAAAAGCUAAUCACUAGUCCUUUAUCAUUUUGGACCAUGUUACAUGCCACGGACAUUUGAACCACAAGGGUGUGUAAUUUGUAAACAUGAGGCUACUACAGUCACAUUUGUUCACUUCUGCAACCCAUUUAACCCUUUUACAAAAUUUAACCAGGUUUGAAAUUUUUGUUUUAACGUUUGUAAAUAUUACUGCGCAUGAACGAGUCACACCUUGCCUGCCUAUGCUCCAUCUAGCGUUUACAAUGCCUGUCGAUGUAGCUAGCACGGGUUUUUCUGAACCCAUCUACCGUAACUUGGUUACAUCGACAGUGGUCGAAUCAACCCUAGUUUCUUUUAUCUUUAACAAACUCUAUCCUGUUUCUGUUGCGUAAACAUUCCUCGUGUGCUUAGCGACAUGCCACCCACAGCCGGAUAUUUUUUCGGUUGAAGUGACGUUUUUCCCCAUUCGUAUGCUGUCUUUCCCGAAAUUCCCAUUCAUUUACAGAUUCGAUAGAUAAUACUUAGCAUUAGUGUGUUAUGUUUUGUUAUAUUUUAUAAGCAAAGUAUGAUUUUCUAA